AUGUUUCCAUUUGGUCAUUGCCUAUAUAUGCCUUUAUCAUUACCAAUACCAAUUCCUUUUUAUAAUAAUAUAUUUUUAAAUCCUCAUUCAUUAAAUUUAUCUCCAAUUACUAAAUUUAAUUCGAAUAUUGUUCAACAAACAUUAUCACAUCGAUUUAAACGUACACAUAAUGAUAUUCAUAAUAUUCAACAAAAGAAACGAUUUAGAUAUUCAUUAACAACAACAACCAAAGAUAAUAAUUUAUCGAGAUCAUCAAAAAAUGCAGUUAUGUUAUUAUAUGAAAUAAAACCUUCGAUUGAAUAUAAACUUGUUUGUCAAACAGGUCCAUCUCAUCGACCUAUGUUUCGAAUGACAGUUGAAGUAAAUGGAGAACUAUUUGAAGGUAUAGCACAAACAAAAAGAGAAGCUAAACAAGCAGCUGCUGAAAAAGCUCUUGAAUCAUUUUCAUUAUCUAAUAAUAAUUUGUUAAAUGUAAAUGAAAAUGUAACAGAAUUAAAUCUGAUUGAGUCAAAUGAAAUGUGUUAUUUAAAACAAAUUAAACCAAAUGUUGAAUUUAAAGAAAUAAAAUGUGAAAAAAAUGGAUUUAAAUUUGUGAUUAGUUUUGAUAAUAAAUAUUUUAUUGGUAAAGGAGAAAAGAAAGAAAUAGCUAAAACACAAGUAAUACAAUUAGCUUUACAAAAAUUAUUUGAAAAUAAUCCUUUUUCAUUGAAUCUUGUUUGUUGUGAUUAUAAUUUUGGUGAUUAUAUUGAAAAAUGUAUAGAAGAAAAGUUUCAUGAAUUAACUCAGAAUGAUUUUCGUCUUAAACGAUAUCGAGUUUUAUCUGGAAUUGUUCUUACACAUAAUUUAAAUUUUCAAUCAAUGAAAAUAAUUUGUCUAACAACUGGUACAAAAUCUGUUAAUGAGAAUAAUAAACAAUUAGUAAAUGAUUGUCAUGCAGAAAUGUUAGCACAUCGCUGUUUAAUUCGUUAUUGUUAUGAAGAAUUAAAUUUAUUAAUUAAUCAAAAUUCUAAUGAAUCAAUAUUUGAGAGAAUAAAUAAUACGAAUCGAUUUCAAUUAAAAUCAUCAGUUAGUUUUCAUUUGUAUAUUUCUACAACUCCAUGUGGUGAUGCUCGACUUUUCUCAUCAGAUCAAAUAAGAUCAGUUGAUUUGAAACAUUCAUUAAUGAAAUCUCGUGGAUUAUUGAGAACAAAAAUUUCAGGAAAUGAAGGUACAAUUCCUGUUUUAGCUCAAACUAUGUAUUAUAAUAUUCACACAUUAGAUGAUGAUGAUAAUAAUAAUAAACAAUUGUUCAUUAUGUCUUGUUCAGAUAAAUUAUGUAGAUGGAAUUUUAUUGGUUUACAAGGUGGAUUAUUAACUAUAUUAAUAAAUCCAAUUUAUUUGACUAGUAUUAUUAUUGGAAAUAGUUUAUGUAAUAAUAAUCAUAUUCAUCAAUCAUUAUUUGGUCGAAUAGAACAAAAACUAAAUCAUCUUUCAGCUCCUUAUGGAUUACGACGACCAUUUAUUUCAAGUAUCAAUAAUAGAAAAGUACAAAAUAUGGGUCGAGCACCUAUAUGCUCAUUGUUAUGGAAUUGUGUUGAUAAUAAAUGUGAAAUUAUUAAUAGUUCAACUGGAUUAACAAUUUUAAAUGAAUCAUCAACAGUAUCAAAAGCAGUUUUAUUUGAAAAAUGGAAAAAUUUGAUGAAUAAAAUCCAAGGAAAUAUGAUAUCAAUAAGUUAUUCUGAUGCUAAACAAUUAGCUGUAGAAUAUCGAAAGACCAAAGAAGAAAUUAAUAAAGCAUUUGAAAAUAGUGGAUUUGGUCGAUGGGCUGCAUUGAUCAAAUAA